AUGCGCUCGUCUCUUCCGUCCUCGAGGAAAGUGUGCGUCCCAAAACGGGCGGUUUUUGUCCAAGGACGGCGUAAACGACUGCAGAAACACCCGAAGGAGGAAAGAAGGAAGUGUAACGCAUUCUGGGGAAACAAAGAUAAGGACGACAAGAAGAACAAAAGCGUAGUAGACCCGUUGUUGAAGAAACUGAAAGGCGCGGUGAACGAAAUCGAAACCGAGGAAGAGCUGAACGAAUAUCUCGCUCGAAACGGCGAACAGAUGACGGUGGUGAAAAUCGCGACGAGCUUUUGCGGACCGUGUAAACUGAUGAAACCGAAAUUUGAUCUGUUCGCGGAGAACUACUCGGACGCGCUGUUUUUGUACGUGUUGAGCGAUAAGAACGAAAAGACGAAACAGUUAUCGGACAUGUUGAAAGUGAGCGAAGUGCCGUCGUUUAGGUUUUUUAGAAGCGGGGAACAGGUGUGGCAAUACGCCGGGGCGAACGAAAAGAUAUUGAGGAUGACUAUAAUAGAUAACUUGCAAGACGGGGAGAAGCGGUAG